CGGAAUGGAUCUCCAAUUUCCAGUUUUAGAUCCUUCUUGGUCGGAGGUUCAAUUAGGCAUUGUUCGGCCAAGAAUUCAUCAUUCUGCCAAAAGCGUUCGUGAACCAUCAUGCCCGUCAUUGACAACGUGUUCUUUAUAAUUAUCCAGUUGUUAUGCUUUACUGUCGGAUCGAACGUUGUAUCACGACUGAUUUUCAGUCACUACUCACCUCCAGCAUUAACAGCAUUCCGCAGCUCAACCUACAUUCCGCACGUCCUAUUCGCGAUAACACUGAGUAGUUCGUGCGCCCUGUUUCUGUUAGUCUUGGGCGAAAUCACAAAUCACCUGUCCAAAACGACACGGUGGCACUAUUGGCACGCCAAUUUGAGCAUUCUGCUCAUCAAUGUGAUCUUGAUCAUACCUUGGUAUCAAACAUUUGCAUUUCUUCGUCACACAAGAGUGUGGUCUUUUAGAACAUCGAUCUAUGUAUCCACCAUUGUUUGGUGUGGGUACCUGUAUCUUUUUUAUAAUGUUGGCUACACACCGUCGUCCGGCACGAUGGAGGAUCCUAGCACCUACAGCUGGACUGAACUUGGGAUCUUUCGUGUCAGCACAGUGGGUAUCACCAUCAUCUCCUUGUUAUCCGGUUUCGGUGUGGUCAAUGCGCCUUAUUCCACGUUCAAAAUCUUUGCAAGGCCUGUAAGCGAGCGGGAUUAUGCCGUCGCCGAAAGAGCCUACGAGCAAACGAUGACCGUGAUCAAUGAUAAGAAAAAAGCGCUUGACAACCUACAAAAAGCAACCUCGGCAGAUGUUAAUAACGGGGGGACUUCCUUGGGAUCCAUUGGACGUUUGAUGACAUCGAUCGUAGGCGGGUCUCGACAAGAUGAACACAGCUUGUUACAACUUGAAAUUGAACAGCUGGAGCAUCUUGCUGCCAAUAUGAAGCUCGAUUUGGACGAGUUGUCUCGAGGAAGGUUUCAGAGCCGAUUUGCGAAAACAUGGAAAGGCCGCUGCUGGAGUCUCGUCACGUCAUUGUUUGCUGUAUACUGUGUAUACAAGCUGAUAGCGACGACCUUGAACGUGGUAUUCAGACGCGUUGGAUCUACGGAUCCCAUCACCAAUAUGCUGUCGCUUAUGAUCAGUCAUUUUGGUGACAGUGAUAAAAUCGUCAUUGAUACGACAUUUUGGUCGCAGCAACUAAGUUUUUGGUUUGCUGGAAUUAUUGUGUUUGGAUCCAUUAGAGGAUUUCUCACUAUUUUAAACAAGAUUCUGUUAAUGUUCUCGCAAAGAGUGUCAUUUUCCAUCAUUCAUCUACUGUUGCUGGCAGCGCAUAUGAUGGGCAUGUAUUUUCUAAGCUCGGUUUUGAUGAUGCAAACCAGCCUGCCGCCAGAAUACCGGUACCUGAUGUCCUCUUCGCUCGGGCGCAUAAAAUUCGACUUUUUCCGACGAUGGUCGGACAUCAUCUUUGUCAUUGCUUCGUUUGUCACCAUGGCGAUUCUUUACGUUAUCCAUCAAACAAGCGAUGCCCGUCAUAUGGCUCAAGACUUUGCCGAUGUCCAGUUGUUGUCCGCCGAAACUGGUCAAGGAAGAGAGGAAUCAAUUGAAUUACAUCGACGGCUCUAGAUUUUUCGUUGAGCGAUGGGCCUCUUUAUAAUAAACCAUAGCUUACCCUUAUGACAGUAGUUGAAUAAGAACGCCCCAUUCCAAUAAGAUUACAUUCAUUCGUGAACACCCGAAGAGAGCAGGAGCAGACUCCAACAAAGACACC